CUGAGUUCGCAACUGCAUACAGCGUGUCGCACACCGGCUACUAGAUAACAAGAAGGAAUUAAAUGGGUUAUUUGCAGAACUUCGCUGCAUUGCUUUUGGGUUCCGCCGUUCUCCACGCAGUGAUAAUACUGCUUUCAUUUCGCCCCAGGGUUAACGCACCAAGAGUAGGAAAGCGCCCAGGCCUUCUAGGGCUCUGGCGAGCGCGAGCACACUUUUACAACAACGGCAAGGCUCUGACGAAGGAAGGUUAUGAUCGAUACAAAAGCUCAGUGUACUGGAUACAAACUGGAGACAUGGAGCGAUUGGUGAUCUCAAACCGUUAUAUCGACGAGUUAAGAAAAUAUCCAAGCUCCUAUUUGGACAGCAAGAUGGCAGUGGUGGAAAGAAACCUUGGGUGGUACAACGGGGUGGAUAUUAUCUUGAAAAGCACAGCACAUGUCGAUGUCUGUCAUACUCAGUUGGUCCAAAAUCUUGACAUCUUGCCGAGAGUGUUCGAAUCUGAAUUAGAAGCUUGCUUUCGAGACAGAGAUAUAAUCCACUUUUACAACGCUACGGGAUUGAUUCUGGACAUGGUCAAUCGGGUUACCGCAAAGAUCCUCGUUGGUGAACCACUUUGCUAUGAUGCGAAGUGGCUUCAAACGAGCUUAGAGACAACAGUUAAUACUGGACUAUUGUGUCGUUACUUACAACGAUAUCCUGCUUUUCUGAGACCUUUCAUGAACUACUUUGCACCAGCACGCAUGAACCUCGAUCGCAACCACUCUGUUGCUCAAAAUCUGCUCUCAAAACGCAUCAAGGGCCGAAACCGGGGCGACAAGAAUAAGGAUAUCCUCCAGUGGUUGAUGGAUACCUACGAAGAAAAGGGUCCUGAAAUCAGCUUCUUGACCAAUCAAAUACAAUUCGUCGCGACUGCAGCAGUCCGCUCUACAGCCGCAUCAUUGCUUAACACGAUGUAUGAUUUGUUAUCCUUCCCACAAUACCAAACAUUGCUACGCCAAGAGAUACGGGAAGCGAUAGCAGAGCAUGGAGGGUGGAGCUUAGCUGCUGUUGAAAAUAUGAAAAGACUUGAUAGUUUUAUCAAGGAGUCUCAAAGAAUGAAUCACCAUAUCCUUUUGUCUUUCAACCGUAAAGUGCAACGUACGAUCAAAUUACAUGACGGUACGACCUUGCAUCCCGGGACAUUCAUCUCCACCCCAGCCUAUUGGGGAGCUAUGGAUCCGGCGAUCUUUCCAAAUGCCGACGAAUUCCAGCCCUGGCGCUGGUUUGAGCUCCGUUCACAAGCAGAAAGAGAAAACAAGAAUACUGUACCAUAUCUCGCGAGUAGUAUAAGCUUAGAAAACCUAUUUUGGGGUUAUGGGCGCAACGCAUGUCCUGGGCGCUUCAUGGCUGCUGCAGAAAUCAAACUCCUAGUAGCAUGGAUGUUACAUCACUUCGAUAUAACCUUUCCCGAAGGUCAGGACUCGAGACCGGAAAGCCUAUUUGUGGAUGAGCGUGUAGUACCAGAUCCUAAUCAAGAUAUCGGGUUUCAGCUUCGUCAAGACAACGAUAAAACUUAUUGA